AUGCUGGAGAGUGUGGACUCCGGUGAAGCCAAAACGUACCACGCCCGUUUACCACUCUUAAACGUCCAGCAGCUUGCAUCAAACAACCCAUACCGCAGGGGGACGAACUCUUUCGCAAUCUCGGGCGCAGAAGUUGAGAGCAAACUCCCUCGAUGGGCCCACCAGUAUACCGUAUACGGUGGGAGCUUGCAUCGACAGAGCCUCAGUGGCACAACCGAGCACAGCUCUGCGGAACAGCCUGGCAACCGGCCUCACAACCAUUUGUCGCAGCAAGAGCUGAGUGUUCCGGGCCAAUGGUCGCCGAACAGCCAGCCCGACAGCGAGGAGUCGCGUCCUACCACAGCAGGCUCUGCUGCUGCUUCAUGGCAGUCGGAUGCACAACGGGGUCUCCCUGAGGACAGGACGGAUACGGAGAGCGGUGGUGUCGAACGAGACUCCAUCCAGUCCGGGACUCAUUCGGAAAGUCGUAUAAACACUUGCAUCUCUUGCAACGACGAGUUGUGGUCGGAGGACUCUUCGGACGUACCUUUGACUUCGCAGUGCGCUCACGAAAUCAGCGCAUGCAGGGCCUGCGUACAACAUUGGAUUGAGACCCAGGUUGAUGAUAAUGGAGUUGCGAACGUACGAUGUCUGGAGUGCCGAGAACUCUUGACCCAUGCCGACGUUCAGCAACACGCCACCCGUCAAACAUUCAGUCGCUACGACGGGUUGGUAACACGAGCCGCGCUCGGCGACGACCCGGAAUUUGUGUGGUGUCGUAACAGCGGAUGCGGCGCUGGACAGAUCCAUGUGGGUGGAGAAGAUGCACCGCUGUUCCGGUGCCGUGCGUGCGAUUACCGGUACUGUAUCGCUUGCGAUGAGCCCUGGCAUGUAGGAGAGACCUGUGAGGCUUUCACGCGUCGUAUGGACGGCGGUUCUGUCGACGCAGACGGCCAUGAAAAUGAUGAUAACGGCGAGGAUACUUUCCCUGGUCCAUCACAAAUAGACCUUUGUGAUACAAAUGGCGGUUGGCAACAAGAAAGAGAGGCAGCGGACAGGGACUUGGCCCUCGCUUGGAGUCACACCAGCGCAGAAGAAGAAUACUAUGAUGAAUCGAGCAGAGCCACGAUUUUGUUCGACACCGCAUACUCAGAGCGUGCCGGCUACGCUGCCAGCUAUGUCAGUGAUGCAGACUCCCAACCAUCCUCUCGGUCGAAGAGGACCAUGAAGAAGUUGCUGCUCAAGGAACACACACCCUCUGGAAGGGGCGGGGCGGGUUCGGAAGCAUGCUCCAGCGUUUCCGAUACACGGAGUAGUUCGCACUCGCCAACCCAAUAUCAGCAUUCGUUGGCACAAAGACAGCAAAGAAACGCCGGGAUGCCUCUUGAACGGUCGGUCGACACCUUGACAACGCAGGAACAACUCAGACAAGCAGCAGAGGUGCAAAGGAGAGCAGUAGCUGAGCAGGAGCGGGCGGCAUAUCAGAAGCGGCGGGAAGACGAGAGGCGAGGCGAGGAGACCGUUCGCAAGCAUUCGAAGCCAUGUCCAUCAUGCCGGUGGCAAAUUCAGAAGGCCAGUGGAUGCGAGCAUAUGGUUUGCUCGAAGUGUCGCUACGAGUUCUGCUACCUGUGUUUGGCCAGCUACGAAUCGAUCAGACGAGUGGGCAACUCUGCUCAUGCGACGUCUUGUAAGCUCUACCGGAGACCGAGAUAG